CGCACAACAUCUUUAUGUGAGUCAGGCUACAUGCUAAAUUAGCUCCAGCGGUGCCUUCACAGAUUACAGAGCCACAAAACACGCACGUUUUCGCCGCGGUUUUCGGGUCAAACCCGGUGGUGUACACCUUUAAACGGGAAUUGUGCUGAAGUGUAACGUUACUGCUACAAACUUUGCUAUGGGAAAAAAGUCCCGUGAAGAGGAAUCUUCAUCUUCUGAAGAGGAGUAUGUUGUGGAGAAGGUGCUGGACAGGAGGGUGGUGAAAGGCCGCGUUGAGUUCUUCCUGAAGUGGAAGGGAUACUCAGAUAAGCACAACACAUGGGAACCAGAGAAGAAUCUGGACUGCCCUGAGCUUAUAUCUGAAUUCAUGAAAACCUACAAGAAAAGCAGCAGCAGCAGCAGCAGUGGUGCAAGCUCCACACCAAGCAGUGGGGCCAGCAAAUCAAGUGCAGGCUCCCUAGGACGCUCCAAAGACUCCAGUGGCUCGAAGAAGAGAAGCUCGGAUGACGAAGAGGGUGGCAGUAAGCCCAAAAAGAAAAAAGAGGAUGACAUUCUCGUUGCACGUGGAUUUGAAAGAGGACUUGAGCCAGAGAAGAUCAUCGGAGCAACUGAUUCGUGUGGUGACCUUAUGUUUCUUAUGAAAUGGAAAGACUCUGACGAGGCUGACCUCGUGCUCGCAAAGGAGGCCAAUCAUAAGUGCCCACAGAUUGUCAUAGCCUUCUAUGAGGAACGUCUCACCUGGCAUGAAGACAGUGACAAGAAGGAGAAGGACGCUGUCAGUGCGUGAGUGCAUCACCUCAGGAGGAAACAGGACCUCCUCCACUGCAGGGACAACCUUGAGUCAGACAUUUUUCACACCCAAUCCUCCCAUAUUUCCUCUGUACCAUGUCCAACAAUGACACAAAUACAUCGGACAGAGAUCUCUAUCCACGACCCAUUGGAGCACAAGGGCCCAGACUGCUGAUAAGGAUGUAUCAGAUAGGAGGAGAAGCUGUGCAACAUGGGGGACAAUGCUACUGGGGAGGGUUUCUGCUGUUCUCUUUUUAUUCUUUACCUUCUUUUUAAUGUCUUAACAUGUCAUGUUUUAGUGCUUACGGGAUAUGAUCAUGUCAGUUUGGUAUUUUGCAUCUACAAGCACAUGUGGCCAUCUGUUAAACUCUGAAUAUAGUCUUGAGCCAGACUUGACACAAGCUCUGUUUAACAAUGAGCUUGUCCUGGGUUGGUGCACAACCGCCAUCCUUUCUUUAUAAGCAGUACACAUCUUUGCUUUAAGAACGUACUAACACCACUGCGGAUAAGACUAAUAUUCAGGAAGCAACCACCGCAGCACUUUCCUGACUGCAUAAUCACUUCCUUUUAAACUUUUUAUCUCUUGUACAUCUGUCUGUCUGUCCUGCCUACUCGGAUGCAAUGACUCAAUUUUGCAAACUUGCUGAGGACACCGGCCAAUUAUUUUUAUUAUAACUAGUUAUAAUACCCUUGUUUUUGUUUUUUUUUUAAUUGUCUUUUUUCUCCCCUCAUUUCCAAGUU